AUGUCGUAUCCGACCCUGCCCGCCAGUUUCGCGCCCCCGACGCCUCAGCGUCCUCUUCCUGGAGCAUGGAUGCAAACCCCUGCUGUCGCUCGUCAUGGGUCAUUCCAGUCGCCCCCUCAACAGCAACCCCAGCAGUCCCAUCAACAACCACAAAAGCCUCAGCAACAGCAGCAGCCGCCGCAGCCGCAGCCCCCAGCCAUUGCGUCCCAAUCUUCGUUCAUGUCUCGAAUCCCUCAAGUCGCGUCGCAACCUCAAUCUCAGCCAUUAAGCACGGAGGAACGUGGUGCGCGCACUAUCAAUGAGACUCUUCUGAAAGAGUCACGGUAUCCUGACCUCGACAGCUAUCUGUCUCAGGGCUUCUCUUCCGAAUACGACAUCCCGGUAUCGCAAUCAUGGGCGCCCUUUCAAAAAGUGAAGAUGUACAACAUUCCCGAUCAAAUUUUCGACCAGUACAAUCGCGCACAAGUAUCCACGAGCAUGGGUCUGUUCGCGGAGCUGAAUCACGCGUGGGUUUCGAUCGAUAAUGCACUCUACCUGUGGGACUUUACCCACCCAAGUCCUCAAUUGGUCGGAUUCGAGGAUCAGCCAAACAGUAUCAACGCUGUCAAGCUAUUACGUCCUCGUGCUGGGGUAUUCUUACCCGCGAUUUCUCAUCUGUUAGUUGUGGCUACGACCGCAGAAGUUAUCUUGCUUGGCAUGGGCGUGGAACCAACAGCGAAUGGAUCAAAGCAAGUCACUCUCUAUCAGACAGGCAUGUCGGCGUCCAUUCGAGGGUUGGAUAUCAAUGUUUUCGCCUCGUCGGAUGCCACAGGUCGCAUUUUCUUCGGAGGACUGUCUGACAACGAUGUCUACGAGCUUACAUAUCAGCAAGAGGAGGGCUGGUUCCAAAAUCGAUGCCGAAAGAUCAAUCAUACCAGCUCGAGGCUUUCUGCUUUCGCGCCAUCAUUAAGCUUCUCAAACCUGGCUGCUCUGGCUCAGAAGACCACCGAGUAUGUCGAACAGAUGGUGAUCGACGACAGCCGGCGACUUCUCUACACUCUGUCAUCAACUUCUACAAUUCGAGUGUUUCACAUGAAAGAAGACGGGGCGAUUACCCUUGCGAUCACCAAGGCGGCGCUGGACAUCUAUUCAAAUAUCGGACAUAUUAUCGCAUCAAAUGAGACGCUGAAUCCCAAGGUCAAGAUUGUUUCGAUCAGUCCUGUCCCAGCAGCAGAAGCAUCUCGAUACCAUCUCGUGGCGACGACAGCCACUGGUUAUCGAAUUUAUCUGAGCGCAACCAACGCGUACAGCUGGUCGCCUUCAUCUAACGGUAGCAGCGCACCCACAAGUAUGCAAGCGCAACAUGUGAAGACGCCACCAGUGGACAAUAAUGCAGCUUUUGCCGCCGUGUCGGCGCCUACUGAGUAUGGAAUGUCCCGCCUCAAUGCAGCUGUGACGAAGUUCCCGAUCCAGUCCUUAUCGCCAACCCGAAUGGCCACCCGGUUUCCACCGGGAUUCUUCUUUUGCUUUACCUGCAAAGAUGCCACUCAAAAGAUGGAUACCUUGUUCAUCUCUUCCCCCGACCCCGGUCGCCUCAAUCAUCAGCCAGAGAGCGUAAAUAUUGCCAAGACAGCCGAGUCGGCCGUCUGGCUCAGCCUCGGUGGAAGAGCAGAGGAUAUUGGCUUGUGCUCCAGUGGACCGGCCGGGAUUUCGGGAGGUGGAUUUGGCAAUGAACUCGCUGUCCAAUUUGACCAGGGAGCCGCUGAGAUUGCAAUCUUGACCAACAGUGGGAUUCACGUGAUCCGUCGCAGACGCCUAGUGGACGUUUUCGCGGCGUUGGCGCGUAGCCGCGGCAGUGCGGACGGCGAAGUAGGUCUUGAACAGGAGGUCGUCAACUUCAUCAAGGCGUACGGUCGCAACAACGAAACUGUGGCUACUGCCCUCGCGGUUGCGUGUGGCCAAGGCGUGGAGGUGUCUCCUGACCAGAGACUUACACCGAUAAAUGACCCGGAAGUACUGGAAUUUGCUCGCCGGGUCUUCAUUGAACAAGGCGGUCGGCCAGUGCCUGAUGAGAACACUGUCCAGGACAAUGUGACUCCUGCCAUUGACACCAUUCAUCUUUCUCCCCGUCAUGACGGCAUUGCAUUAUACAUCUCCCGCCUGCUACGAUCCAUCUGGAAAAUGAACAUUACCCGGGUGGUUAAGGGGCCUAAUGGUGCAACUUCUGUGUCUGCCUCGGUAGGUGCCGCUAAGCUGCGUUCUAUUCAGCAUGAUCUGUCCUCGCUUCAGGAGUUCUUCAAGGUCAACAAGAGCUUCAUCGAGGGCUUGACUGGGCCUGAAGAGCUGGCCCGUGUGUCCAAUAAGCAGCAAGAGACCGCAUUGCAAGCGGAGCACCGUGCUUUGCAUUCCCUCGUGCAACUUGUGUCGCACACAAUCGAGGGCAUCUCAUUCGUGCUGGUAUUAUUCGAUGAACGCGUGGAUGAGAUCGUGGCUUCUCUUCCCGACGAGUCCAAGGAACGAUUCCUGAAGUUGACAUUUGAGGAGCUGUUCAGUACUGGCAAAGGUCGCGAGAUUGCCAAAGAACUUGUCAAGGGAAUUGUGAACCGCAACAUCGCCAAGGGAUCCAACGUGGAGACCGUGGCUGAUGCCCUUCGCCGCCGGUGUGGUAGUUUCUGUAGUGCAGAGGAUGUUGUCAUCUUCAAGGCCCAGGAGCAGCUCAAGCGGGCGACAGAGGCUGGCGCCAACUCUGAACUAGGUCGAAACCUGCUGAAUGAGAGUUUGCUCUUGUUCCAGCAGGUUGCCGAGAAUCUUCCCAUGGAUUACUUGGUAUCUGCUGUCGACAACUACAUCAUCAAUCAAUUUUUCGCCGGUGCGAUUUCCCUCGCUCUCCAUGUGGCACAGCGCUCAGACAAGGCAAGCAUGGCUCUCUCCUGGAUUAUGGAUGGACGCCCUGAUCAGGACCCUCGCAAGCAAUACUUUUCGUUCCGCCAACAAUGCUAUGAUUUGGUUUUCAAGGUCAUUCUGGCUGUUGAUACCCAAGCUGCCUCUGAUCCCCAUGUCAUUGAUGGCCAACUCACCGUGAUCGCUAAGCGACAGAAUGAGGCAUACGGCGUCAUCUCUGAUUCGUCUGACGAAGUCUUCCUGACUAGCCUGUACGACUGGUACUUGGAACAGGGCUGGAGCGAACGGCUUCUUCAGACCCAGUCGUCCUUUGUUGUGAGCUACCUCCAGCGCAAGUCAAAUGAUGAUAUCGCCCAUGCCGAUCUGCUUUGGCAAUACUACGCCCAGUCCCAGCGAUUCUUCGAGGCGGCGGAGUCGGCGCAUGAAUACUUGGGCCGAGCUCGCGCGAAUUGCUCGACGUUGACCCGUGAUGUUGGGCGUCAGGAGCGUCAGCGCUUGCUGCAGGAGAUCUCCAACCUGAUCGAUGUUGCAAACAUUCAAGACGAUCUCCUUCAACGCUUGAAAGAUGAUGAGCGUAUUGCUGCGGAGCGCAAACCGGAAGUACUGGCGGAAGUGGAUGGUCCGGUCUCGGAUAUCAGUACACUCUUCAAUCACUAUGCAGACCCCGCAGGUUACCAUGAUAUCUGCCUUCAGAUCUUCUUCAUUGGUGACUAUCGCAACGCGGCGGACAUCAAGACCAUGUGGCAGAAACUGAUUCAAGAGGUGCACGAACGUACCGUGGAACGCGGUACACCCCAACCUUUCGAGGCGGUUGUUGAGAAAGUCCGAAGCCUGGGCAGCCGCCUUCGAAUGUCCGAGACCGUCUUCCCCAUCCGCGAACUUCUGCCCAUGCUCGAGCGGUACUCGCUUGAAUUCCAGCGUAGCGUGAGUGCAAGCUACUGGGUGGUCGACCUGUUCCUGGAUCUAGGAGUCGCCCACGACUCGCUCUUCACCGUUCUCGAGGCCAUGUUCUACACGGACGAAGCCCCGUUCCAUGGGUCCAACCGCCGGUAUAUUGCCAAGGAUUUGCUUUACCUGGUGGAAGGGUGGUUCCGGGAAAGUGCGCGCUUGGGCGGCUUAGUGUUUGGAGGCGAAUCGCAAGCUGAGCGUGUCUCUGAGAUUCUGGUGAUGAUCAUGCAGGCCGGAACUGCAACACCGGAGAUCAGUGAGAGGUGUCAAGAGUUGCGGCAACGGAUCCAGGAUCUGCUACGCUAA